GUCUGUGUGCGAGAGCGAGAGAGAGAGAGAGAGAAAGUAGGAAGCGGGGGCUCAUGAUCAUGGCGGGCGGCUCCGUGUCCGAGUGUAAGGAGUACCUGUUCAAGGUGCUCGUGAUCGGCGAGCUCGGCGUGGGCAAGACGAGCAUCAUCAAGCGCUACGUGCACCAGCUCUUCUCUCAGCACUACCGGGCCACGAUCGGCGUGGACUUCGCGCUCAAAGUCAUCAACUGGGACAGCAGGACCCUCGUGCGCCUGCAGCUGUGGGACAUCGCAGGUCAGGAGCGGUUCGGGAACAUGACCCGGGUGUACUACAAGGAGGCGGUGGGCGCUUUCGUGGUCUUCGACGUGACGCGCGGCUCCACCUUCGACGCCGUCUCCAAGUGGAAGCACGACCUGGACAGCAAGGUGAAGCUGGCCAACGGGAACCCCAUCCCCUCCGUGCUCUUGGCCAACAAGUGCGACCAGAAGAAGGACGCCAACAGCAGCAACCCGACCCUCAUGGACAACUUCUGCAAGGAGACGGGCUUCCUGGGCUGGUUCGAAACAUCAGCCAAGGACAACAUCAAUGUGGAGGAGGCGGCCCGGUUCCUGGUGGAGAACAUCCUCGCCAAUGACAAGGGCUUACCGUACGAGGAGAGCAAUGGGGACCGGGUCAAGCUGGACCAGGACACGGCGGUGGCGGAGACAAAGUCCGGGUGCUGCUAGUGGUGCUGCGCUUCAGGCACCGGGUCAAGGACGGUGGUCCGGCACCAGCAAUGUCUCCAGCGCUCGGUCCAGGAGGCCUCCCCCCGAACGCCUUCCCCAGCGAGAACCAGGACGCCAGGGCCAACCGAGCUGGACCGACAGCCCACAUCUUCUCUCCUGGAUUUUCGUCACCACUGCAUUUCUCAGACAGGGUUAGGUGCGUUUGUCACACGGUAACACAACAGGGCGGUGAACGUCAGCCAUUCACCAGCAGCCAUCCACCACACAGCCCUCCUUGUACAAAACUGUCCCACUCUGGUUACGUAGAUGAUUCGUACGAAGGCCUCAGGGAUUGCUGGAGAGGUCUACUGACUACCGAUCCACUGCUGCAAAUGAUUGAUAACACGUUCUACUUUUAGAGUGGUGGUUUUAACUCUUUAUUCUGGGUAAUAACAAUUUUCAAAAGUGUCACGAACUGUUUGAGAUGUAUUUUGAAGAGGGGAGGGAAAAAAAAAAAAAAAAGUCACGACAAAAUGUUUCCAAAACAGGUUUUUGUAACACUAUAAUCUGUUUUCGCUCGUUCACGUGUCACAGAGCAAAGUUUACAUGAAGGACUUUGAAUCUAAAAAGGAAAAGAAAUUGGAGGUAUACUCAGUUGUGAGAAAUUAUUUUAAAAGUUUUGAUACGGUGAGCAUUGCAGUAUUGUACUCAAUAUUAUGACAAUAUUAAAACACAUUGUAGUGAACAAUCCAGUGAUGGACCGAAACUUUUUUGUUUUAUUUGGCAUUGCUUAAUGAUAAAAAUGUUUUGAUAAAAUUAAAUGAUUGUAAUUUUUUGGGAUGUGAGAUCAAAGGUCAUGUUAGCAAGCAAUUUUUUUAGAAGGAAA